AUCGCGAAGCGACUCACAGCCAAGGGUAGCGACUGGAAUACUCCAAGCGCCGGCGUGGUACCACCCAGCACCACCCACCAACCACCGACCACCACCACCCACAUCCACCAUGUCCACAAAUGUCUUCGUGCGGUUGUAAAUCGGCUUAUGAUCAGGCAGUAGUAAGUUGAAUCCACAUGUUACUCGUGUAUCAUUUGGCCAGUCGACGAGGUAUCUUCAAGCAGUAAGCAUAUGCACGCAAUCCGAUUUGUUGGGAAGUGAGGAGAGGUUCCACCAUAAAAUAACGAUUUUUACCAUUUCAAUUAACGUGGCAUUGUCUUGAGUCCGUUUCCUGUAUCGAAAUGAACUCGGUUCGACCACUAAAUGCCGCGCUGCAAGAGAUUUGCAUCAGGGAAUUGAACGAGUUGCCCGCCCGGGUGGCCCAGGACAUCGAGGCUCUGCGGGAUUGGGUGCUGAAGCAGCCACAUCUGCGGGCCUGCACCGACGACCAGUUCCUGCUCGCCUUUCUGCGCGGCACCAAGUUCAGUCUGGAGCGGGCCAAGGAGAAGUUCGAUCGGUUCUACACGCUGCAGCGGUCCAUUCCCGAGGUCUUCAAUGAGCGGCGCCUAGCCACCGAUCCCCAGGUGCUGGAUAUCGUAAGAAUGGGAGUACUCCUUCAAAUUCCCAUGGAUGCAGACGAUCCGGGACCGCGGGUGACCAUAAUUCGCGCCGGUUCCUACGAUACGAGCAAACACAAGUUCCAGGACAUUAUUCGCGUGGGUUCCAUGUUCGGUGAGAUCAUGAUGUUCGAGGACGACAACGCCACGGUCAGUGGCUAUGUGGAGAUAAUGGACAUGGCUGGCGUUACGGGGAGCCAUCUCUUUGCCCUCCAGCCGCAGUUGCUCAGUAAGUUCUCCACUUACGCGGAUGAGGCGAUGCCGACGCGCCAGAAGGGCAUACACUUCAUCAAUGUUCCUGCGGCCUUCGAAACUGGAUUCAAUUCCCUGCGCUCCUUUUUCCCGGCCAAAAUCAAGAGUCGGAUCUCGGUUAGCUCCGAUCCGGCGGCCAUAUACGAGCUAGUGCGUCGCGAGUACUUGCCCCAAGAAUAUGGAGGAACUGGGUGUAAUAUGCAGGAUAUAAGCCACACCAUGGAAGCGAAAUUGUCCAGCUAUGGGCCCUACUUUCGGGAAAGCCAAGGCUUCGGUGCCAAUGAAAAGCUGCGCGAGUUUGGAGAUCAUGAGCGAAGGAAUCAGCGCUCCUCCUUUGGCGCUGUGGGGUCGUUCCGGAAACUGGAAAUCGACUAAAAGAAUUAAUGAUAUCAGCAACGUAGAUUAAAAAUGCAACUUGAGGUUCUACGUGCAAUUUGCAAUUAUUGGCUACUCCAUUUUGUAUGUUCUUUAUUACAUUACUAUAUUAGUAAACGGUGCAUGAAAGGUAAUUAAAUGUAUAUAUUUAAUAAACCGAAUUCAGGAGCUUU